AUGGCGGAGGAUAAGUCCGGUAUUUUGUAUCUCUUUGAUCGACCUGCUGAGCCGGUUUACGUCCCCAAAGGAGAGAAGAAAGUCGCUUUUGAUAUUCCAUCUGACUAUUUGCCUGACAGAUAUCGUCCCGUGGCUACUCAAGUGUUCAAUCGUUUCGGUGACGAUGCAGACACAAAACUUCAAGUGAAGCAGAUUACACUUCCUGAUCUUAGCAUUCCGAUGCAACUUGAACGUCAUCAAGCAUUUUCCUUGUUUAUUCCAUCGCAUCGCAAAGGAGCUGCACGACUAAUCAACAUUUUUAUGGGUAUGAGGACAUACGACGACUUCCUAUCUCUCGCGGUAUAUUGCCGUGAUCGUAUGAACCCACAUUUGUUUAUUUAUGCCUUAUCGGUGGCGAUACUUCAUCGUCCUGAUACAAAGAACCUACCAGUACCACCAUUGACUGAAGUAUUUCCGGAUAAAUACAUGGAUAGUGGAAUAUUUGCUAGGGCCAGGGAGGAAGCUAACGUCGUUCCUGCAGGUGCAAGGGUACCACUUGAAAUUCCACUAGAUUACACUGCAUCAGAUCUUGAUGAGGAGCAUCGCGUUGCUUAUUGGAGAGAAGAUAUUGGAAUCAAUCUUCAUCACUGGCACUGGCAUUUGGUCUAUCCGGCUGAAGCUGACAUGCGUAUUGUUAACAAGGAUCGACGUGGAGAACUCUUUUACUAUAUGCAUCAACAGAUCAUGGCUAGGUACAAUUGCGAACGUCUCAGUAAUCGACUUACUCGAGUGAAGCGAUAUAUCAAUUGGCGUGAACCGAUUCCAGAGGCUUAUUUCCCAAAGCUAGAUUCCCUAGUCGCCAGUCGAACAUGGCCAUCCCGAACGAGAGGCGCAAUCCUGAAAGACAUCAACCGACAAGUGGACGAUUUGAACUUCGACAUCCAGGAUUUAGAAAGGUGGCGCGAUCGUAUCUAUGAAGCGAUCCACACGGGAUCUGUGAUUAAUACAAGAGGCGAAAGGAUUCCCUUGACCGAAAAAAGUGGCAUCGACGUCCUUGGAAAUAUUGUGGAAGCUAGCAUUUUGUCUCCUAAUAUGAAUGUCUACGGUGAUCUUCAUAAUUUCGGUCACGUCGCCAUUUCUUAUGUCCACGAUCCCGAUCAUCGUUAUUUGGAAAGUUUUAGUAUCAUGGGUGAUACAGCAACUGAUAUGAGGGAUCCUAUAUUCUAUAGAUGGCAUGCAUUUAUUGACGAUAUCUUCCAGGAACAUAAAAACACGUUACCUCAGUACACCGUACAGCAGUUGGAUUUCUCAGGUGUUGAAAUAAGGGACGUUAGACUAACAACCAAUCAGCAGCGAAAUAUUCUGAACACUUUCUGGACCAAGAGUGACGUUGAUUUGUCCCGUGGACUCGAUUUCACCCCACGAGGUGCAGUGCUCGCUAGAUUCACCCAUUUGAAUUACGCCGAGUUUACAUACACGAUUAUUGUUAACAAUCGUAAUGCGACGCGAAAAAGAGGCACCGUCCGCAUCUAUAUAGCGCCAAAACAGGAUGAACGUGGACUACCAUUUACAUUCAGAUCUCAAAAGAAUUUAAUGAUUGAAAUGGACAAGUUUACAGUAAAUCUUCGUCCAGGUGAAAAUACAAUUGAACGCAAAUCAACGGAAUCAUCAAUAACUAUACCUUUCGAGAGAACUUUCCGCAAUUUAGACGAAAAUAGGCCAACAGGAGUUGAAGCGUUGGACGAGUUCAACAUGUGCGGAUGUGGAUGGCCACAACACAUGCUUGCACCGAAAGGAAACAGAGAGGGCUUCCUAAUGGAAUUGUUCGUUAUGGUGUCUGAUUAUACUGGUGAUGCU